UGUCUCGCCUGCGUCGCUCGCCCCGGCACGGGCUGGCUUCCUGGGGAGAAACGGCGACGGCGGCGUUGGCGGCGGCCUGGCCUUGCCUGGCGUGGCUUCGGCCCGCUUCCCCUCCCCCGGCGGCUGCCUUCGCCCUCCCGGCCAUGCUCCGCCGACAGCGCCGACCGCCUCAGGCCGCGUGAGGGGACGGCUUACACCUCUCCCAGGUGAGGAGGGCAGGAAGGAAGGGGGCGAGCGAGCGAGCGAGCGUGGAGGCUCUUGAGGCGGCUGGAAAAAACCUGGCGCUCGGCGGCUGAGGGGAGCCCUGUUUGGGAGACCUAAGCUAGUAAAAUGGCAUCCACGUCCUUGGACUUGCUUAAAGUUAAGCCUUAAAUGGAGGCCAACAACCAUUUUAACUUCACUGGCCUUCCUUCUUCACCUACUGCCUCAGGACUGAAACCGGCGCCUUCCUCAGGGGACAACAUAUACGCAAAUGGAUCUCCCAUGAACUUCCCCCAGCAAGGGAAAGGUUUGAAUGGGAACAUGAAUGUUAAUGGCUUAUCUACUGUAACUAAUGCUAGUACUUCAGGGACCCGCUCCUCAGCCACCUCCCACCUCCAUCACUCGUAUGACUAUCUCUGGAACUACUCUCAAUACCCAUCUGGCAAUGGCAACACCCUCAAGGACGGCCCUCUGUUUUCCCAGUAUCCGCUGAAUGGUGUUGGAAGCAAUCGGCAAGGCUCACCAGGGCACACCACCAAUCUUAGGGGAGGUGGUGGACAGGAAUUCUGGGCCAACGGCACUCCAGGGACCAUGGGUCUGAAUUUUGAUUCAACAGAGCUCUAUGACUCUUUCCCUGAUGAUCAGAAUUUUGAACUCUUGCAAAAUGGCCCAUCCAGCUUCUACACAUCAUCUCAGCCUUCUCCCAUGCUUAGCUCUGGCAGCCAGGGCUUCUCUCCACAGCAGGAUGAACCAGGGAAUGAGGAGCCUGUGAAAGAAACUGCAUCUACUGUCUCAGAAAACGGCACCAGCCUGUUGGGCAGCAUGGAGCUGGAAAGCACACAGCCAGACUUGAAAAUGUGUGGCUACAAUGGGUCUUCUCCAGUUGUUGAGCCACUCAGCCAGGAAGCCUCUGUCUUGGUACCUGAUGCUGGAGGCGGCUGUCUGGAAGACGCUUCGCGAAUACCCCCUCCCCUGGAAGAUCCUUUGGAGCCAUUUGAGUCAUUAGACAGAGACCCUGGGACGGGAGAUCUCUAUGAGAUGGAUACAUCUGAGCUGGUGAGUGGCAAGUCCCCUCUGGAAGACCCGCCUGACAUCUCUGCUUUGGAUUGUCCUGGCAGCCCUUCUCUGAACCAUCCUGACUCAUUCAGCCUAUUGGCAGAUGAUAGCCAGCCUGACACCUCACUUUUUGGAAGUGCCAAUUUGCCACCUGUUCUUGAGGAGUCUGUUUUGCAAGACAGCAGCCUAGAGUUGACAGGUGUGAGUGAAGUGGAACAAGAGGACCCAGAGUUUCUAGAUUCCCAAGCAUCACUGGAACCAGACAGUCUAGAUGCCACCUUGGAAGAGGUAGUCAACAGCAGCUGCCUAGAGGCCACUGCGUCUCUGAUAGGUGGGGGCAACAAAGAGUCCUCAGCACUCAACAUGUCAGCAAAAAGUGACCUCCCAAGAAGACGGAUAGCCACAGCAGAUGAGGUGCGCUACCCUCUAAAACAUGGGUGGCGAAGGGAAGUGCGCAUUAAGAAGGGCAGCAGCCGCUGGCAGGGAGAGACCUGGUAUUACGGGCCUUGUGGCAAGCGGAUGAAGCAAUUUCCGGAGGUGAUAAAGUAUCUGAGCAGAAACGUUGUACAGAAUGUCCGCCGUGAACAUUUCAGCUUCAGUCCUCGGAUGCCUGUGGGAGACUUCUUUGAAGAGCGGGAUACUCCUGAGGGCUUGCAGUGGGUAAAGUUGACACCUGAGGAAAUCCCCUCACGUAUACAGGCCAUCACUGGCAAACGUGGCCGGCCCCGCAAUACUGAGAAAGCCAAGGCUAAGGAAAUGCCCAAGGUGAAACGUGGACGAGGCCGACCUCCCAAAGUGAAAGUGCCUGAUCUUCUGAGCAAGACGGAUGCCCGGGUUCUGAAAAAACUGGAAGCUCAAGAGGUACUCAGUGAUGAUGAUAAGCAAAAGAUGAGCAAAAUAAAGAAAAAAAUGAGACAAAAGAUGCAAAAUAAGCAGAAGCAAGAAGCCAAGGCACCUAAGCCCAAGGAGGUCAAGGUUAAGGAAGUCAAAAGAAAGCCCAAGCUAAAGAAGGAGAAGAACAGCAAACCAGAGAAGAACAGCAAGCCAGAGAAAACUAAGCCAGAGAAGCCAAAGGAGAAAGUGAAGCUGAAAGAAAAGGUAAAGCCCAAGGAAAAGAAGGUGGCGGCAGCAGCCAAGGUUCCUCGGAAAGUGGACAAGAAUCUUCUAGCUCAGCGACGUCAAGAAGAGCGGGAGCGGCAGCAAAUGAUUCUGGAAGAGAUGAAGAAGCCCACCGAGGACAUGUGCCUGGGGGAUCACCAGCCUCUGCCAGAAUUUUCCCGCAUCCCUGGGCUGAUAUUGCCUGACCAAGCCUUCUCGGACUGUUUAGCCAUUGUGGAGUUCCUACACAAUUAUGGCAAGGUUCUAGGCUUUGAUGUAUCCAAGGAAGUUCCCAGCUUGAGCACCUUGCAAGAGGGGCUUUUCAAUGUAGGAGAUAGUUUGGGUGUAGUGUUGGACCUCCUGGUUAAGCUGGUGAAAGCUGCACUCUACGACCCUGGUCUGCCUCCUUACUGUCAGUCACUGAAGAUUCUUGGUGAGAAGCUGUCUGAGAUAAGCCUGAACCGUGAUACUGUGUCUGAGAUCCUUCGUUGCUUUCUCAUGGUUUAUGGGGCAGAUGAAGAUCUGUGUGAUAGCUUGCGCACUAAACCCUUCCAGGCACUGCCCCCAGACAGGAAGGCUUCUGUCCUGGCUUUCUUGGUGAACGAACUAAACAGCAGUGCCCUUAUCAUCAAUGAAAUUGACAAGACUCUGGAGAAUAUGUCCAAUCAUAGAAGAAACAAAUGGAUAAUCGAGGGCAAGCUGCGCAGGUUGAAGAUUGCCUUAGCCAAGAAGACAGGACGACCUGAGUCAGAAAUCAGUGGCUUGGAGGAAAGCCGCUGGCGGCGGAGCUCACGAAUCACAGAGGAGAAUGAGGACAUGGAGGUUGAAGAGGAGGAAAAGAGCAGAGCCUACAAGACUCGAAAGGACGAUGAGAAUGACACUCCUGUCUCCAGUAUCCCUGAGCUGGAAAGACAAAUUGAAAAGCUUUCCAAGCGCCAGAUGUUCUUCCGCAAGAAGUUGCUCCAUGCCUCACAGUUGUUACGGGCUUCAUCGCUUGGGCAGGAUCGAUAUCGACGCCGGUACUGGGUUCUGCCCCAUCUGGGUGGGAUCUUUGUAGAAGGCUGUGAGGUCUCAACAGUAGCUUCACCCAGGCAUGUGCCAGAGAAAGAAGAAGCGUCAAAGGAGGAGGAACAUGACUUAACACCAGCCAAGAAGGAGACUGCUGAGACACCAGUCACUGAUCACAUGAACUGCACAACUUUGUGGUCAUGGAGCCGGCCAUGGAGGGAUGAUGUGGGGUUGCUGGAGUCAGAACCACUCCAUCCCAAGUUGACAGAGUCUUCACCUACAACCGUCAAUGGGUAUUUGGAGGACCCCAUGUCGCUGGGCCAGUCACAGCAUGACCUCAGUCAGUCAGCCUUCCUGUCCUGGCUCAGCCAGACACAGCAGGCAUCCUCACUGCUUAACAGUUCUGUGCUUACCCCAGAUAGCAGCCCUGGUAAAGGGGAUUCAGUACCCCCAGAAGAGCUGCCAGACUCUGCUGCGGAGGAUGACAGUGCCACAGAAACCCCGGUUGCCUGGUUCAAUUUGCUACCCAGGGCAUCCUGCAAUGACUCUCCAGUUGCUACCUCCGUUGACCACCCCUCUCCUAAAUCUGCUCCCCAGCGGUGCAGGCUUCCUACCAGGGACCAGCCAAAGGCCUCAGCCCGGCAGCUGAACGGCCUCUCCUCUGCCAGUCCCGCAUUGCCACUGCUGGCCUCCUCUCCUCUUCAGUCUGGUUCCAGGAGUCACAGCACUUGUUCCAGAGCCAAGGACAUCCCCAGUAAGGCCCAGGAAUCUCUGGGGCAGCCCAGGCGGCGGGGGCGCCCCCCAACUAAACUCUUCAAGCAAAUUGAGCAGAAAUACUUGACACAGCUGACAGCACAGCCUAUACCAGCAGAGAUGCAGAGUGGCUGGUGGUGGCUGCAAGAUCCGGAAGAGUUGGAGGCCGUCGUGCAGGCUCUGCAUCCACGAGGGAUCCGUGAAAAAGCCCUGCAUAAGCACCUCAGCAAGCACAAAGAGUACCUACGGGAGGUGUGUGCCCGAGCUGCCAAUGAUCCAAUCUUCCAAACUCAGCCCGAGGGUGCUGGACACCCUGUCUCUCAGGAAGCCUUGGCCCAGUGGUCGAUGGCUGAGCGAGCCUUCGAGAUGGACCUCUCUGUGCUUCAGUGGGUGGAGGAACUGGAGCAACGGGUGCUGAUGGCUGACCUACAGAUCCGAGGCUGGGCAAGUCCUGAUCCUGACUCUCUUCGGAAUGACUUGCAGUACUGUGAGCACAAGCUGGAGCCUUUGGAAGACAUAACCGUAAAAAAUAGGCGCGAGGGACCAGCCCUGCAGCGCGAAGCUACUCAUCCUCUAGACUUAGCAGUGCUCCGGCUGGCAGACAUGGAGCAGAAUCUGGAGCGGAGAUACCUCAAAGAGCCCCUCUGGCCCCCACAUGAGGUGGUGGUAGAAAAAGCUCUGCUGAAUAAUCCCAGUACUCUGGAGCUGGGAACCACAGAAAUUGCAUAUGAAAUCACACCUCGGAUGCGGAUGUGGCGCCAGACACUGGAGCGAUGCCACAGUGCAGCCCAAGUGUGCCUCUGCAUUUAUCAGCUGGAACGCUCUAUUGCUUGGGAGAAGUCAGUUGUCAGAGCGACCUGCCUCGUGUGCCGAAAAGGAGACGAUGACGAGAACUUGCUGCUAUGCGACAGCUGCGAUCGUGGCUGCCACCUCUACUGCCACCGGCCGAAGAUGACUGAGGUGCCAGCCGGUGACUGGUUCUGCUCCCUCUGCAUUGCUCAGAUGCAAGGAGAAUACCAGGAUGACUACAGCGCUCUGAGGCGGGGCAAGAAACGGAAAGCUGGGCCUUUGGGGGGAACCGAAGAGCUCAACCCUCGGCCCCGGGCAGCAGCAUCCCAGCAGCGGAAUAACCUGGCCAGUGCACCAUCCCGAUACUCAGGCGAAGGCCUGUCUCCCUCCAAAAGAAGAAGAGUGUCUACACGAGGCCAGUGUGCUGACCUUACCUUCUGCGAGAUCAUCCUAAUGGAGAUGGAAUCACACGAGGAUUCCUGGCCCUUCUUGGAACCUGUCAACCCCCGGCUGGUGCCUGGCUACCGAAAAAUCAUCAAGAAUCCUAUGGACUUUGCCACCAUGAGGGCACGGUUGCUACGGGGCGGGUACACAAGCUGUGAGGAGUUCGCUGCUGAUGCUGUCCUGGUGUUUGACAACUGCCGGACCUUUAAUGAGGAUGAGUCGGAGGUGGGCAAGGCAGGGCUGUCCAUGCGCCAGUUUUUUGACAGCCGGUGGGAGGAGUUUUAUCAGGGGAAACAUGAGACAAACGCAUGAAGCAGGUAGAAGGGAGAGAGGUGAGAGGAGCCCUUGGGGAAGCCCCUCCCUUUUUACUCUGUGCUGCCCACUCUCUCUUCUGGAGUUCAUCUUGCUACCUGCUGAUUUCUGGUUUUCCCUCUUACGUUGACUGGAUUUGGAUUGGCAUUUAAUAGUGGGGCAGCCUUCUCCACUGCUUGGAUCCUCUGAAGCCCUUCCUCCAUCUCUUCGCUCCAAGCAACACAAACUUUCUGACUGUGUAAGCCAAAAAAAAAGAAAGAAAAAAAAUCAUUUUUUCAAAUGGAAAAAACCACCACCCACAACCCCACCUUAGCUGGGGCUAUUUAAUAAUAGCAAUAGUUCUUAGUGAAUGUGUAAGAACACUUUUUUCUGUGCAGUGUCAGUACCAUGCAUUAAUGGCCAGUAAUGUGGACGUUAAGUUUUCCUCCUUUUUAGAGUCGCGUUGAAACGUGUAAAAGCAGAUCACUCCUGCCUCUGGGAAUGACAACCUUUGAUGACACUGAAACAUGCUGCUUCUCCCCCACCCCCUUUGACCCCAACUUUGUCUCUCCCAGUCCUGCUUCCUUCCUUCCCAACAGCUACCACAGUUGUGGCUCAUUCCUUUCUCCUGACUUCUUUCAGAAACCAAGGGUAUAGUUUGGAGCUGGAGCAUAUUGAGGGAAGGGGAAGAGUGGGGUAUCAGGAAGCUGCACUCUGGUGGGUACAAGCUGAGCUUUCUCUUGAGGGUCUUGUUGUAUUGUGAGGUGUCCCUUCAAACCAUAUUUCCCUUGUCUAUCUAGGACCUAGGGCUUCCUUUGAGCAGUGACCCCCUAGUUUCAUCUCUUUGUGAGUAUGUGGGGCCUUUAUGUUUCUUGCCUCAGUUAAUCCAAGUCAAUAUCCUCAUUUGUGUGUGUAUGCUCAGAAUUGGUUUAUUCCAGAUUUCGUUUCUAAGGGAGUUGAACAAAAUGGGAAUAAUCCAGAACAAAGAAGAGGAUAUCAACUAGAUCCUAUAUUUCUCUAGGCACACCAACUAGAGUUAAUCUGGAUGAAUCUUCUCACUACCCCCCACUCCACAUGGAAUCCUUCUAACAGAGGCACCUCAUGUGUUGACUGCUGUGCCCCAGAGCAGGUUUUUGUGCUUCACCAUCCUUCUGAUGGUGGGUGGUGUGCUGUACUGUGUCACUAGGCUACAAAGGACCAAAUACAGAAAGUACAGGAGCUUGCAGGAGUAGGGGUGAGUGGGACAUGCAUUUUGGGAGGGAAGGACUGCAUUUGGGGAUUGCCCCCAUCAGCUCCUCAGGAAUUGUGGAAAUUGUGUCAUGGGAUCCUGGCCUUAUUGAGUGCUUCCCCCCCACCCCCGUGUUGUUCCUCAGGGAUGGCUACUGUCUACAAUGUUUGAUCUGCAAUCUUCUCUGUGUGUGUGUGUGUGUGUGUGUGUGUUUGUGUGUGUGGUGGGAUUGUUUCCGGUUUUGGAACAUGAAUUUUAGUCUAAUGUAGGUAUUUCUGCCCUGAGAAGGAUGUGGGAUGUGACCCUCCUUACAAGGGAAGAAUGCAGUCCUUCCAUCCUCAAAUGGCUAACCCAGUGUCCAGUUUGGUAAGGGACAAGAUGCUAGAGAGAAGUGUCGUGGUUUCUCCUCCAGCUUAGAUUCCUGUUGCCUUGUUUAGACCCUGCGGGGUCUAGAGCGCUGCCAGCUUCUUGACUUGCAUUUCAGACUAAGUGCAACUUUGGGAGGAAAAAAAGAGGAUGUCCUCAGUUGCCCUUGCUCUAAAAAUCUGGAGCUGCUGUUAAGUCUUUCCUUUUGUUUUUGUCUACAUUUUCUAGGUACUUAUUAAUUCCCUCUUUACACUCACAUACCUGCCUACACUCUUUUUAACACUUCAGCUCUUCUUCUGAUCCCUUGUCAAUCCUGACUGUUUUCAGGUGGAAAGCAUUAUCUUUUAUCAGUGACAUUCCCGUGUGGGCAAGAGAAUUUUGUGUCAGACCCACAAAAAGCAGAGUUUGUUGCGACACUGCCUGAGAGCCGUACAUAUGUGGAAGGCCUCAGCACAGCCACUGUUCAGACACAGUGUUUGAUUCCUGGAGCUACAGAAAGCUGUUGAACAGCAUUUAUCGGAAGCCUCUUGCACAAGCGCCACUCAGGUGAAUGGGAGCCGGGUGUCAUGGUUCACAGUGUGGUUUUAUGCCGGAGAUUUUCUGAUGGAUUGUGGCCACAUUAAACAAGAGAAGCUCAGUGCAAAAGGGAGCUCCAAAGCAUAUUCUUCCAGCUUGUUUGCAUUUGGGUGCUGCUGGGCACUUGGCCAGACAGAGAAAUCCUUGUGACUUGAUCCAGGUCACCCCCUGUUCCUCCAUCCUGUCUGUUGUCAAAGCACAGGCGAUCAAAGCAAAAACUUUUUGUUUUGGGGGUUUUUUUACUCUUUUUCUUGAUAGUGGCUGGUUCUCCUCCUCCAAAAAUAGUCCAUGUAGUAACUAUUAACAAGGAUAAGAGAAACUAGCCAUUUUAUAGCUCACUCCUAAUUCAGCGUCUAACAGUCACCUCCUUGUGGAACAUAAGAACCUGCUAUAGCAUUCUGUAUUCUGAGUAAUAAUGUGAUCUCAGAGCAUCCAUCUCACUCUGUUGCUGAGCAGUGGUUUCUAGGGAGACCUGCUGUCUGGGGAAACAGGUUCACCUGACCUGUGCAACACAUCAGCAUUGUGGGCUUUGAGACGCCUUGGGUCAUGUUCCAUCCCCAGCUGCCUGCUGCCUAGAACAGGGGCUGCUGCUGAUUUUUCUCCAUUCUCUUUUGCAAGAUGCUGGUCCAAUACUUCCUGUUCUGGUGCAGAGAUAUGAGGAGGCAUAUGGAAGAGACCAGAGGAAACCCCCUUGAUUCUUUCACUAUACUUUCCCCCACUUCGGGUGGGUCAGAGGAGUAGAAAGCCACGCCCUGAAACCUGAACUCCCUUGCUGCUUUUCAUAUCCAGCCUAGCUCCUCAAACCAUUGUAAUUACGGGUAUCGUUUAGGGGCAGAUAAAUGGCUGGCAGGGUUUCAUCAGGAGAUGGCUUUCCUCUCUCCAUAUCCAGCUGUGCUAUAUCUGGGUGAGAUUUGUGUGUGCGUGUGCGUUUGUCUGUGUCCCAACCCGCGUCGACCAAUCCAAUCGCAAGAGCACUGAUGUAAUUAAAAUGUAACCACAGGUGAUGUAGCCUGGAGACUGAAACCUCCCUUUCUGUGCUUCCUCCACCCCAACCUCCCCUCCCCCUCCCCCAGUUGUUUUCAACAAAACGUAGCCUUUUUUCUAUCAGAUAACCUCAAACUUUUAUUUUAUUUUAAAUUUUGGGAUUUUUUUUUUUGCUUUUAAAUAAAGAGGUAGAUUUGAAGUCUAUUUGAAACUGACUUUAUAUUAUGCAUAAAUAUUUAUAUUUUAUCUAAACUUGUGCUGUAACAAAACUUCUUUUUGGUGUUUUUUUUUUUAAGUGAUUUCUUUCUGCUGUGUUUGGGAUUUUUUUUCUCCUCUUCAGUCAUGGGAAAGCUGUAGUUUUGCAAGUAUUGUUCAUUGGGUUUGGGGACAUUUUUGGAGGGGAGGGGGUUGCUACAGAAAUGUUUGCAUUUUUAGAAGCAAACCCUCGUACCGUAAAACAGUGAAUCCAUGUUUGUCCUAAACUUUGUCUUGGUUAGGGAGUACUCUAUGAUCUUAUCAGUUUCUUCAAUACAUUGGGUUUUUUUAAGUUACAUUGAUUUUAAAAAAAUGAAUUUUAAAAUUACAGCUAGAAUCGGCCUUAUUCAACCACUGGCUUUUUCUUCCCCUCUCCUCUUGGUUUAAUAUCAGAAAGGAACCAACCAACCAACCCACUCCACCAUCCGUUGAGAUGCUCUGAACAGAGCAGGAAGGGGUUUGGGGUGGGGGGAAUCAAACUUUUUAUAUGAAUAACCAAAUGUGUUUGUUUUAGUGAAUUUUUGAUAAUGUACAGUUUUUUGUGAAUUUAAAUUGAUUUCUUUCUAUAUUUUUAGGACCAAUCUCAUUUAUAAUAAGGUUUAAAAGGAAGGGGAAAAAGUCUAGAAUUCCUGUUUGGUUUCCUUGUGAUGUUUCCACAAGUACAGAUGUUAGAGUGCUUGUCAAGUUUCAAAGAAUAAACAAAAACCAACCCACGUUUGAUAGAGAAGAAUGUGCUUGAGGAUGUCAU